AUGGAGCCGACCUCGGACCAGGGCAGGCCUACACCCGUCAAGAGCGAGGAGUCGCAAGAACGGCUGCGUUUCCUCGUGGUGGAGGCUGCGAGGCUACGCAGCGAGGAUGGGCAUGAUAGCGAGCGCGUUCUGGAUAAGAUGGGUGAGCUCGGGCAGAUGCUGUGUGAGCUCGGGCAGGCUUGCGAGGCGCUGCCAGUGUUUCGCAAGUUGGCGGAGAGCAUGCAACGCUUGUACGGACCCCACCACCUGCAAACGGUGGGCUGCUUGGUCAGUCUGGCUGGGUGCCUCGCGGCGUCGCAGGACCACGCAGAGGCGGUCGUGGUGCUGCGCGAUUGCAGGAGCCGGUGCUUCAAGAUGGGUGCCGUGCUCGAGCCUGAAGAUAAGAGCGGCGCCCUGACGACCUCCGGCAAAGAUCGCGCGGCAACGCAGCUUCUCGCGCGUGCGAUCACCGCUCUUUCGGUGCUGGUGGCGGCGGUGGUGGCCUGGCUUGGCUAUUGGCAACUCGCGACUUGCAUCGUCACCACGCUCACCAUCUUGGGCACCUUUGCCUACCGCAGCAAAGGAGGAACCGUGACCGAGCCAGAGAAGCCAAACACUCAGACACUCUCGGCCGCAUUACUCGCGGUGGUCGAGCCGCUGGCGCAGCUCAACCACGGCGCUAAAGACUUUGAGGGCGCCGCGGCAUACUUUCACGAGACAGCGCUGUCCACGGCGGCCGCCUACGGCGGGACGGGCCAUCCGAGAUACGCCGUCGCGCUUUGUAGUGAAGGCCGGUCCUGGAUGGAACGAAGCGUGCAGCUGCGCGAGGGGAGCGACCACAUCGGCGCCGUCGCAUGCGUGAGAAGAGCAGAGCAGCGCUUGUGCGAGGCUUCAAUCCUGCAGCAACGGGGUCUCCACGAUGCGGCAGCAGCCAGCCGCUCAAAUGAGGGCGCGGAGCUGGCGUACGCAAAGACGCAGCUCAACCUUGCAACCUGCUACCACUUGCUCGACCAAACCGCUCAGGCGGCGCCGCUCUUUGCAACCUCCGCCGAAAUCAUGGAGAGGCACCUUGGCCCCGAAGACCCGCGCGCGAGGCAAGCUAGGGAGGCGGCCAGCGCGGCUGCUUCUCGGCUGGGGAAGGAAGUUGCGGAGCCGAUGCUGGUUGCCGACGAUCCAGGCGCGCUCUUCCCGCGCCUCGAGGCGCUGCGGUGCACCGAGCCACUCGCUGGCGGCGCCGGGGCAUGGUGGCGCUCCGCAGCAGCCGUGGCCGAGGUGGCGGCAUCGCUGGAGAAGAGGCGCUUUGCAGUGCUCGAUGGCUUUGUGGGGGCUGAGGCGGCGGCCACCCUGCGCGCCGCUUGCCUCGCAGCAACCGGGUCUCUCCUACCGACGUGCGAGCGCACGUUAGUGCCGCGGUCCGACGAGGUGGCAUGGGAGCCGUCUGGCUUCGAGCCGCUCACCGAGAGAGCGGACGACCUCCUCGUGCUGCUACGGGCGAGGUGUCCUCAGCUGGCCGCCAUAACCAGCCGCCAGCGACUCAUGUUCGCACGCUAUCGCACCGGCGCCCACUUCGGCCGCCACGUUGACAACAACUGCGUCCGCGGACACGGGCCCCAGUGCAAUCCUCGCGUGCUCACCGCCGUCUACUACAUGCAGGACGGCCAGUGGGACGCACGCGCCGACGGCGGCUGCCUUCGGUUGUACGCACCGGACUGCGCCGACGGCGCGGGAGCCGAUGCGGGCACGGUUGGCGCUGCUACCGAGACGGGUCGAGGCGUGGCGCUCUACGACGUCGCGCCCGUCGGUGACCGGCUCGUCCUCUUCUUCUCCGACCAGCGCUGCCCGCACGAGGUGCUGCCGGUGCUCCGCGCCGGCGCCGAGCGCUUCGCCGCGACGCUCUGGUACAUGGGGGGAGGCACGGUGCCAGAGUUCUGGGGCAAGAUCGCCACCCACGACAGCUCCCUCGUUCCGCUGCCGAGCGCCCCACGCGAGAGCGCCGGAGGCUGCUCGCCGCCAGUCGCCGCUGUGUGCAGCAGCUCGAGCUGGUCCGUCGUGAGCAGCGACCGUGCGAGCGGGGUGGAGUGA